CUAGGCAGGAAACGUCAUUCUUAUCAAUUGCCAAGGUUUCUCCACGGCCGAUUGGAGUGAUCAUGUAAAUUCCUUCCCAGUACAAAAUAGAACGUAGUUCCCCGACCCAGAUCCCUCCACACUUGGCAAAAUCUUCUAAAAAUUGAAUUAUACCAAACAAACAACCUAAAAAAAUGUCUAAGCUCUACAAAACCGUUAUCACUGCGUGCGACAGAUACGUUCCUAACAACUUACGUCCGCUAUGGAACCACGAAGCUGGACCAAAAACAGUCUUCUUUUGGGCCCCUUUCUUCAAAUGGGGUUUGGUGCUUGCUGGGAUAGGUGACCUCACUCGGCCCGUGGAGAGCCUUUCCGUCCCCCAAUCUGUAUCCCUGGCCGCCACCGGCAUCGUCUGGUCGCGGUACUCUCUCGUCAUCAUCCCUAAAAACUAUAGCUUGUUCUCUGUCAAUGUGUUUGUGGCCUGCACUAGUCUGUACCAACUCGGUAGAGCUGUGAAACACGCGCAAGAGCAAAAAAAAAUCAAGGAAAACUAAUUUACUAAGUAAUUGAUUGGAGUUCUAGCAGCCAACAAUCUCUCUUUAAUGUAAUAUUGAACAAUAUGUAGCUUCACCUCCAACUGUACUGGGAAAAGAAAGGGGCAAAAAUUCUAUAACUAUUUUAUUUUUGUUAUCAAUAUUCCUUAGUAAUGUUAACGAACAUAUACAUUCGAUAUCGAAUUUAAAACUUCUGGGUAUAAAAACUGUGGAUACAGUAAAACCCGACCAUAUUUUAUUUUUAUUAAUCUUAUGACGUAACGAUAUACACGGGUAUUAAGGGGUAGGUACGUCGCACCGUUCAGUCCUAAAUGUGGCCAAUUUUUCUCAUUAUGAUGUUGCUCAACCUGUGAUGAAGCCGGUUCAAAUUGUUGACCAAUGUCGAGUAGUUUGAUUCGACAUUCGUGUGACAUUAUGGCUUCCGAUAAAGCUUCAAUUCAAUCACGCGGUCAUGCUUGACGCGUAAACUAAAUACCUAUAGUGGUACUUAUACGAAACCAUUGCAUUAGGUAUAGUAUAAGUUAUCGAAUAAAUAUAACACUUUAAACUCUGGCGUUUUGUACACAUAAUUAAUGUCUCGUGUUUUGUAAACAUUAAACAGAAACGGAUAGAUAAAUUUAUAAUUUAUAUAUAAUAUACCUGAAACGUCGGAAAAAAUGUAAAAUAAUGAAAUUUCGCGUUAGACCCGUUAAUGACAUUAAUUGUCUAAUAUUUAAGUUACAAGGGUAAACGAAAUGGUCGGACAAGUACUCUUCUUAUCUACAUCCAUCUUGAAGCUGAAGCAGGAAGAAUUGCGUUUCUUAUUUUCAGAAUUGAAUGGUGCUUCUUUAGUUAGAUAAUAAAUAAAUCUCAGUGGGUUUUUAAUUAAGCUAUUUAUUUAUUUUUCUUAAGAAUGUAUACGCUCAAGUCCUUUAUCUUGAGCUGUUGAUUAGUAUUAAGUAGCUGAAACAAUUGUCUACAAAAAAAUAAAUUUGAUCUUAUUAUAUUUAGGUGCUUUUUGGCUAGUAAUACACCCGAUACAUUGUUAAAACAUUUGUUAUAAAUAAACUAAAUUUUGAAAAAUAGGGUUUCACUAAAAAGCCUUUAAAAGACUUUAAGCGUAGCGUAAAAUUAAAUAAACAUACCAGUAGUAGGUAAUCUACAGUCGCCAUCAGAUAUAUCGGAGCGGCCGAGGUGCUCAAAAAUAUCUGAACACGCACCUAGCGCCUUGACAAUAGAGGCGUGUUCAGAUAUUUGUGAGCACCUUGGCCGCUCCGAUAUAUCUGAUGGCGACUGUACAUUACAAAAAUGAAAUGCUUAGCAUGGAUGGUGUAAUAGUUGUCUUAUUGACGUAAAUUAUUAUUUUGUUUAAAUCGAACCUUAGUGGAUUUUGCAAUCAAGUACGAGAAUAGACCUUAUUGCCCUACAAUAAGGCCUUCCUACAAGUUACAAUAAUAAUAUAAGAUCUCUUGACUUUUAGACAACAACAUACUACAAGUUAUUAUUGUGAUCAUGUCUAUGGUCUAUGUGUACAUAACAAUGUGAUUGGUUACAUUAUUUCAGACAUAUGUUUAUUUUGUAUGUACAUUCAACAUAAAAUUGUAGUACCUAUGUACUAUUAUAUCAUAUACUAGAGGUAUUUAAACCUGUAAUAAAGGUAUGUAUAAUAUGCUGUUAUACACUCGAUAAACUAUGUUGAAAUACAUAUCAUUACUUAUGUGUAAUAUGUGAAUCAUUAAAUCAGUUUUGUAAAAUGUUGUGUAUUUUUGUAAACGUCUACUGAACAAUAUAAUGUUUUGUUUGUA